CACUCUCAUCCUAUGGCCGUCUCUAGGUGAUUUAGCACCGCCAGUCUCGAGCAGGUGUCCAACAUGGCGAUCACGGGGAACGGAUCUCUCACUUUUUCUCUCUCUAUAUUCGUGAUUUCAGCAGCGUUUCUUCUGAAAGUCACCGGUGCAACAGGAUCUGCUGAAAUCAUGUCAGUUGAAGGGCAGAAUCUCGGUACAGACAAUGUGUCCGUGGUUGAGGGAGAGACGGCGACCAUCAGCUGCAGAGUGAAGAACAACGACGACUCGGUCAUCCAGCUCCUCAACCCCAACCGACAGACCAUCUACUUCCGCGAUGUCAGACCCCUGAAGGACAGCCGGUUCCAGUUGGUCAAUUUCUCAGACAACGAGUUGCGGGUGUCUCUGUCCAACGUGUCACUCUCAGACGAAGGACGCUACGUUUGCCAGCUUUACACAGAUCCACCCCAAGAAGCCUACGCUGACAUCACUGUGCUGGUUCCACCAGGCCUCCCUCUGAUGGAGUCCAGGGAGGAGGUGGUCAGUGAGGGGAACGAGACGGAGCUCACCUGCACAGCCAUGGACGGCAAGCCGGCGCCCACCAUCAGAUGGAUGAAGGGCGAGCAGGACUUGACAGGCGAGUCCGAGGUGGAAGAGACCUAUAACAAGAUGUUCACCGUCAGCAGUCGUGUGAGCUUUACCGUGGCCAAGGAGGACGACGGGGAGCCGGUGAGCUGCAUCAUAGACCACCCGGCCGUGAAGGACCUCAGAGCUCAGAGACACCUGGAAGUCAUGUAUAAACCGGAAGUCAAGAUAGUUGUGGAAUUUCCGGAGGGUUUAACGCGAGAGGGAGACAAUCUAGAACUGUCAUGCAUAGCAGAGGGCAAACCACACCCACAUCAGAUCAGCUGGCUGAGAGUCGACGAUGAUGUGCCUUCGCACGCCGUCAUCACAGGCUCUGACCUCUUCAUCGAAAACCUCAAUAAAUCCUACAACGGCACGUACCGCUGUGUGGCCGCCAACGCCGUGGGGCAGGCCUACGAUGACUACAUCCUCUUUGUAUACGAUUCUCCCACUUCUAUCCCCACACCUACCACCAUCAACCCAGACUACACCCAAGACUCCAGAGCAGGCGAUGGGAAACAACAGAAACUGGACCAUGCUGUCAUUGGAGGGGUGGUUGCCGUGGUGAUGUUUGCCAUCCUCUGUGCACUCAUUGUCUUGGGACGAUACUUUGCCAGACACAAAGGCACCUACUUCACGCACGAAGCCAAAGGCGCAGACGACGCGGCGGACGCCGACACGGCCAUCAUCAACGCUGAGGGGGGCCACAACAACACAGACGAGAAGAAGGAGUACUACAUCUAAACUGAACAGGCCGGAGGGGGGGAUCACGGGGGGCGGGGGGUCCUGAAGGAGCACUAUAUUUAACUGAGUAGGCCUGAGGGUGUGUGUGGAGGGGAGGAGGCGGGCGGGGGGGGUAUAGGCAUGUGGCGUUUGCGAGGAAGAGGUAGAGACUAAAGGGAGAGAGAAAAAAGCAGAAGAAGAGUGGAGGUCUUGAGGAGGCAGAAUGGGAGGGUCUUGUCGGGGUCUCUCGCCCCUCCCCCUCCCAAACCAUUGGGGCCUGUUCUGUACAGUUCAGUUAUUUUACAGACAAUUUUGUGCCUUGUUCAAAUUUUUUUUUCUUUAUGUUUGUUUUCUUAUCCCCUAAGCUUAUCAUCUGUGUCCAACUCCUCCAGCAUAUCCCUUCUCU